AUGCUCAUUCUUUCGGAUUUGUAUCGUGUUGCCAUUCGCACUGGCGAUCGAGUUCUCACACCAAGCAUGAAAAAGAUUGUCAAAUGGGAUCAUCCAGCAGGAAUGAAAUACAUUCACUUUUGGGCACCGUUGAUGAAGUGGUCUUUAGUCGCAGCUGGUUUUGGCGACAUGCUACGUCCAGCUAAUAAACUUUCAUUAAAUCAAUCGAUAUCUUUAUUCGCAACAGGAGCCAUUUGGAGUCGAUACUCGAUGGUUAUUAUACCAAAGAAUUAUAUGUUAUUCGCUGUCAAUAUAUUCUUAGCAUUUGUCGGCGCACAGCAACUUGCACGUAUCGGCCAUUAUCGAUACACACAUCCCGAAGCACAGGCGAAAAAUUAA